AUGUGCUAUCGGGCGCCUACCGUGACCAGCGUUCGGGAUCCGCGUCGCCUUGAAGACGGACGGCCACCUCCUCAUUCAGUGACGAAUCGCCUCCGGUCUCGCGUAUCCAAAACUACCGUCCACGGACUGCUCUUCGCCGAAGAUUGCGCUCUCAACGUAACAACAGAAAACUACAUACGGAGGAGCAGAGAUCUCUUCUCCGCAGAUGCCGCCGCCGCCAACGAUAACUUCGGUCUGACAACCAACGCGGACAAAACAGUGUUCAUGAACGAAUCGCCAAACAACGCUCCCUACAAUGCACCCAAACACAAGUUGUCGCCACUUUCACCUGCCUCGUCAACACUCCCUUUUGCAACGCCAAAAUCGAUGGCGAAGUAG